UGGAGUUGAGAGUUGUUGGAGUCGAGUUGAGAGUUCGUGUCCAUCGCCUCUUGACAGAUCAUGAGCACAGCGGUGGACGCCCAGCCGGCAGCUCCCGCGCCGCAUGCCGAGCACGACGAUGACGACAAGUUGGUCGAAGAGGAGGUGGUGCAUGGCGACUGGGCCACGCCACAGGUGCGUCACACAGGCACACAUCACACACACACACGCAUCCACCCACAUCCGCAACUUCAUGCAGCUGUGAUGUGAUGCCGGGAGAGAUGGGGAGGCGGGGAGACAGUUACCAUGUGUGUUGGCGUUGGUUGGUGCAGGUAGAGGUGCAUGAGGUGGAGGCCGCUACGGGUGAGGAGGAGGAGGACGCCAUCUGGAAGCAGCGCGCCAAACUCUUCCGAUGGAGCCCGGGCACAGGUACUGCACACGACCUCACUCACACGCCGAGAGCGAAACGACGCACGCAUAUGUGUGGGUGGUGUGUGUGUGGAUGGGGUGCGUGUGUGUGUGCAGGUGAUGACGGCAAGGGUGAGUGGAAGGAGCGCGGUCUGGGGGAGGCCAAGUUGCUGCAGCACAAGACCACCAAGAAGGUGCGCUUCCUCCUGCGGCAGGAGAAGACACUCAAGGUCGUCGCCAACCACUACGGUCGGUCAGACGCACAAACACACGAACCAACGAGAUACACACACGCACAACCACGACUCAUGCCUCCGAUUGCGUGUCGUGCUGUGUCGUGCUGUGUCGUGCUGUCGUGUGUUGUGUGCGUUUCUCAUCAGUUACGGACCACGAGGGCUACUGCAACCUGGUGCCCAACAGCGGCAGCGACAAGAUCUUCUGCUGGACCGUUCCCGACUUCGCCGAAAACGAACUUGUCACCGAACAGUUCGGACUCAAACUCGGCACAACAGAAAGUCAGUGAGCCAAUCGCCCUCACCCACUCCUCACUGCACGGCCCAGAUAGAUGCAUCUAUCUGGUGUGUUUGUGUCUGUCCCGUUGUGUGCAGAGGCGAAUGAGUUCAAGGAUAUGUUUCUGAAGGCCAAGGAGAUCAACCGAGAGGCCAUCGCCGCCGCCAAGGGCGAGGGAGCCGACACCGACAAGACGGAGGCCGCCGAGGACACCAAGGACGCUGCGGCAGACAAGCCUGACACCAACGGCGACAAGAAGGAGUGAUCGCAGGAAAAACGGGUGUGUGAAUAAGCUAGCUGAUAGCGUUACAGCAGUGGGGAUGGGGAUGUGGAGAGGGGGAAAGGGGGAGGGAGAGAGAGGGGGCAGUUUAAGGGCACAUCCAUAUGUAUGAGAGGGGUGAUGCGAUGGCAUGCAAGACGGUGUGCGGCGGCGGCUGGCUUUUCUACCCAGAAUGCACGCACACGCCCCUGUAGCUGACUGGCCGUUCUGUCUGUCCGUGUAAGUUUGUCAAAGUGAGUCUCUAUGUGUUUGGGGGAUGGAUGGAUAGUACGAUGAGGCCGUCUUCGCAUUCGACGGCCCCUCAUAGAUCGUGCUGCCCGUCCACCUCCUCUCGCAGACACGUAGAGACUGCACACGACGCACACAAAACUACAUAUCAGUGACUCGUUAUCUUUGCCACAUGAUUUGUGUAUCAAAUCUACUCAGCAAGACAUGAAUGCGCCAGCAGCAGCGUUUACCUAUUCAUUGAAUCUUAUUCGUCCCAUUCAUCGUUUCAUGCUCUUCCAUCGUGUGGAUAGUUGGAAGGAAGGAGGAAAGAAUAGACAGACAGCCGGAUUUUUGCCUGCCCUUCCAGGUCUACAGGUCUGAC